AUGUUCUGGCGCUUUGGCGGCUACGCACAGCUGUCGUCGCUGGACAGCAUUCUCGACAAGCCCGAUGUCACUGUCGAAGAGCUGCUGGACGAGUCGGACCUGAUACAAGAGCUCAAGCAGCAGAACUCGAAGCUUAUAGAAUACCUUCGCGACGAAAAUGUCUUGGAGCGCUUGUUGCGCUAUGUCAUCGCCGCCAGGCCCAACCUACCCCACGACGACGACCAAGGAAGCUCGCUGGCGCAUGAGGCGAGGAGUCCCAGUCGCGCUGGCUUCUUUGGCAGAGUCAGGGCCCGCUCAACCUCGACCACAAAGUCGGACGCAGGCGACACCGAGGAGAGCAAGGAGGAGCGCCAGCGGAUGAAGUACGCUUACGUAUCGUGCGAAAUCCUAUCCUCUGAAGUAUGGUCCAUAUCAGAAGCCGUGCUCGAGAACCAGGACAGCCUGCGCCAGUUCUGGGCCUACAUCAAGCAGCCUGCCCCGCUUGACCCUGUCCAGGCCGGCUACUUCACCAAAGUCAACGAGUCGCUGCUCGACCGCAAGAUGGAGGAGAUGCUCGACUUCUUCAAGUCUCUGGACAACGUUGUGCCAGAUAUGCUACAACACGUUGACUGCCCAGUCAUCAUGGACUUGUUAUUGAAGAUUAUCAGCCUUGAGAAGAGCGAAGGCGGCCAAGGCAUUGUUGAUUGGUUACAACAGCAAGAUCUCGUCCCACGAUUGAUUGCCUUCCUCCGACCAGACCAAUCGACCUCGACUCAAACAUCAGCCGGCGAUUUCCUCAAGGCUAUCAUCACUAUAUCUGCCAACGCUACAACACAGGACCAGUCGGUAAUUGGGCCAAAUGAGCUUACUCGGCAACUUGUUUCCGAGUCAUGUCUCAAGCAAUUGAUAGAGUACAUGCUCCAUGGCGGUAACCCGCUUACUGUUGGCGUGGGCAUCAUUAUCGAGGUCAUCCGAAAAAACAAUUCCGACUACGACUUGGAGAACCAAAUCGGACCCGUGCCCAAGAACUCAGACCCCAUCUACUUGGGAACGCUACUUCGACAGUUUGCAAAUCAUAUUCCACAGUUCAUGGAGCUGGUCAAUAGCUCCAGCCAAGUGGUGACAGAGUCAGACGGCACCAUCACAAGGAAGAAGCGUGAGCUCAAGACAGCCUUUGGUGACAAGAUCGAGCCUCUCGGAUUCGACCGCUUCAAGACCUGCGAGCUAAUGGCUGAAUUACUACACUGUAGCAACAUGGCGCUGCUCAAUGAGCGCGGUAGUGAGUCCGAAGUCCGAAGACGAGAUGCCGAGCGAGAACGUUUGAAAGCCGACGGUAAACUAACCUCAGCAAACCCCGGGAACCCAGGAGAUUUCUCCACCAGUGUUGACAGUCAAGGGUUCCAUCACGCGCGCGCCCCAUCCAUGGACUCGCCUGCUGAGAUUAAGCCUCUGCACGUGCAGAACAGCUCCGAGGAUGAUUUCGAAAAGGUCGUUGCGCCAGAGGUCGCUGUUGAGGACCCAAAAGAGACUGGAAACGACAAGGAACAGAUUGGCGAGCCAUUGGAACCUUCACCUAAAGUGGCUCCUAGGGAUGCGCCCAAGGAAACGACCACAAGUAAGACUGUGGGUGACGAUGGUGAAUUCGUCGAUGAGCCUCUCACACCACCCAAAGACUCUACUGUGUCUACUGAAGCGGCUCCUUCUCCCGCCAAGCCUAUAGACGAUGCAGAAUCCCCCACAUCAGCAGGUCUAACAGCCAAGGUCGAUGAUCUCGGUCUGGGUAACGAUACUGUUAUGAACGAUCGUCGGGAGGCCCCGGAAUCUGCAAAGAUCGAGAAACCUGAGACUGAGACCAAGUCCUCGCCAUCUUUACUAACACAGCAGCUCAAUCAGACCUCAGAGUCUGGCAACAUCGAUCUACCAGAUCCUCCUCUUUCGCCUCACCCUGACGAUAAACCAGCACCGCUUUUUGCGGGUAAGAACCGUGACAAUGGCUCCUCGCCCGCGAAGGUCGACACUUCGCGGUUUACUGCACCUGUACCGGGAUCGGAUCUUUCCGAGAUUACCCCGAUUGACGAAACUCAAAGCGUCCGCUCCGUGGUGUUUGGAAGCACAGAAGACACUGUAGGGUUCGAGGUCGAUAUCGAUGGAACACCCGUGGUUGGCGAUUUGUUGAAGAUUACGUUUGUCGAGAACAGAGUUGUGCCAACUAUACUUGACUUCUUUUUCCGUUUCCCUUGGAACAACUUUCUACACAAUGUGGUAUAUGACGUUGUUCAACAGGUGUUUAACGGCCAGAUGGAGCAUGGGUACAACCGGCAAUUAGCAAUUAACCUAUUCGACAGCGGCGCCAUAACUGAACGAAUCAUCAAAGGACAAGAAGAGAGCGACAAGUCGCACAAGGAGACACACAUGCGACUAGGAUACAUGGGCCAUCUUACCCUGAUCGCAGAAGAAGUGCUCAAGUUUACUGAGCGACACACGGAUGAAGUCCUAUCACCCAUGGUCCUGGAAAAGGUCCACGCCGAGGAGUGGGUGCACUACGUCGAACACGUCCUGGCCGAGACACGAGAACGAGACAAUGCCAUCCUCGGAGGAGUACGACCCGACAUGAGCGUUGGCCCCAGACAAGCGGUGCUUAAUGCCGUCAACGCAGCGAAUAACUUUGUAGGCGACAGUGGGGGACUCUCCAACGCUAGCCUCGCCGGCAACGGUGCCAUAGGCCUCGACAGCAUGGAGCUCACCAAUGCCGGUGACACUGGAGGUGGUGGGUACACCUUCAGCGGUGGCUCCUUGCUUAGUGGCUUUACUAACUCGAGUGAUGAAGAAGACGAAGACAUGGACGAUGUCGACACCGAGAGAGAACGGGAACGACAGGGUCCUGUCGACGACUCCGAACAAGUGGGUGAAAUCUCAUUUGACGAUGCUGAUAUGGACUAUCGAUAA